AUGUCUGUCCACAACAUUGUCAUCAUUGGCGCGUCUUUCGGCGGCCUUGGAGUCGCUCAGGGGCUCCUAAAGCAAGUGAUACCAACACUCCCAAAGGACAAAUCCUACAAAGUGACCCAAAUUGCACCCAAUGACGAGUUCUUCUGGAAGAUCGGUGCCCCUCGGGUCAUUGUAAACCCUAACGCCCUCCCGCUGGACAAGGCGCUCAUCCCAAUCGCGCCCUACUUCAAGGACUACAAGCCCGAACAAUACGAAUUCAUCAAGGCCUAUGUCACGUCGAUCGAUCCUUCGACCAAAACUGUCCAUACCAGCACUUCUGCCGCCAUACACUACGACUCACUCGUCAUUGCUUCCGGCACCACAUUUUCGACCCACCUCUGGAGUAUUUCGGACGGCUCCGAGCCUCUGAAAGAAGCGAUUAAGGACAUCCACGCACGGCUUCCCAAUGCUCAGACCAUCCUCGUUGCUGGAGGAGGCGCCGCCGGCGUCGAGACAGCAGGCGAACUUGGCGAGGUCUAUGGGAAGAAAAAGGAGAUCACACUCUUGUCUGGCGCAGCUAGUCUUCUCCCCAGAUUGCACAACAAGAAAAUGGGCCAGGAUGCCCAGGCUCGGCUUGAAAAGUUGGGUGUCAAGGUCAUCAACGACGGUAUCCGAGUGGUGGAGCACACCAGGCAGGAUGAUGGCAAAGAAGUGUUGAAGUUGAGCAACGGAGAGACCAAGACAGUCGACGUCUACAUCGAAGCUACCGGUGACAGAGCGAACACCAAGUUUGUGCCGCAGGAAUGGCUGGACGACAAAGGCAGGGUCAAGACCGAUCCUGCCACUCUUCGUCUGGACGUGCCGGGGGUUACCGGCGUGUAUUGCAUUGGGUCUGUCGGGAGUUACUCUGACGGCGCUGUCCUGGACAUCAAAUUUGCCAAGGGAGCUCUGUUGGAGAGUAUCAAGCUGGACCUUCAGGGACACGCUCCAGGUCCUCGCACCAAAAACAUCUACAAGAAGAUCACUAAGGACAUGCAAUUCGUCCCCAUUGGCUCGCAGCAGGGCGUCGGCAUCGCCUUUGGCUACAAACUGCCCAGCUUCCUUGUCAAGAUGGCCAAGGCCAAGGAUUUCAUGAUCGGACAGGCUGUUAAGACUGUGGACGGCACGGCUUGA